GCCUAAUACCAAUCGGAUAGCUACGCUACAAAAUAGUUUACAAAUUCUAUCAACAUACUAAAUGAUUGGAACGGCCAAGUGAUAAAUAUGCAUGCUACGCAUGCAGUACGUUAAUAGCCUCUCCAUUGGGUGAAUUGAAGGAUUUGUAAGAGUCAAAAGCAAGAUUCGCAGUUGUCAAAAGCUUUGAACCCUUGUUCUAGAUUUUCUGGAAAGGUAAUUCCUAGCUAUAGUCUGAGAUUAACAAACACUGCCUUAAAAAUUGUCUCAUUAGGAGUUCCAAUGCGACCGGGAUAGAGAUACUACUCCGUAUUAUAAAAACGCAUGUAAUUUGCCCUAAGUUUACAUCAGAAUUGCGAAGACGUACUGAAGUUUUGGGGAGAAUACGUGCGUUAUGGCAAUCGCCUCAACCUCGAUGAUCAGGGCGAGUAAUCUUCUGCGGUCGUUUGGAUGCAGAGAGCUUUCAUCACCAUUCUCCCACCCAGUUACUCCAUUACGUUUCUUCCAAUCGUCAAAAUUCACUCUUGAAAGUUCAAGAUCACAACUUUCUAUCCGUGGGGUUGCUGCAACAAACCCAAAACACACUCUGAGCGAGCAAAGCCUACCCAGAAUAGCUUCAUGCGAUGCCCUGAAGUCGAUCAUGAAACAUUAUCAAGCUGCUGCCCUGCUGUUAUUCGGAUUGCUGCUUGUUAAAACCAGCUUUCCUUGUUACCCAGCAUUUUCUCUACCCACACCUGCACCUGUUGUUGAUUCUUCAUCCUCAACACCACACGAUGAUGAACUGAUUGUUAUCAAAGGGGGACACUUAUUUAUAUUUGCAGCGCUCCAUAUUUUACUCUUGUCUGCAUUUUUUGACUGGACUACUGCUAUCAAAUUUCAGGUUGCAUUUCAUGGACCUGUGGAUUCACUAUUCCACGAUCUUUGUGAAAUUAAUGUAUUAAAGAAGAUAGUUGGAUAUAAUGAAGGAUUCGAAGGUAAAUAGUCUAUUGACACAUAUUGUGUUCUCCCUUUCAGUUCCCUCUAUUUUUCCCUUGAGAGAAAUGGUUUGCGCUCAGCUAUUGAUUGACAUAGCACUCCUUUAAAGAGGUACUAAGCCUACAUCUCAUAGGAUCACUGGUAAUAAUCAAGCAAACACAGUGAUAGAUCCAGAGAAAUUAUGCAGGAGAAUGGGGAAAGAGUGUUUAUUGAAUGAGAAGUAGUAGGAGUACGUAUACAAGCCUUGGGACUGUUCGAGAAGCUCACUCUCUAAAGCCUAAAUGCCAAUUCAGUAAUUGCCUGCCUUCUUUAGCUACCCUCCACUUCUAUUUAUAGUAACAGUCCACGCAGGGACCAAACAAACAACUAAUUAGCUAUUGGACCCCUUAGACACCUUAUUUCUCUUAUUCUGCCCCUUAAUAAAAUACUGACUAGGCUGAUUCCUAUCAACAUCUAAGGUGCCUAAGCAUCAGUUGCCAGAAACUAGGCCUAUGCAUAUGUGUAGCUGAAAUUCAGAGAAGAAGUCUUAAAGGUGAAAAGGUUAUAUGGAGCGUAGGCCUUUUUAGAGUGGCUUAUUUUUAAAUCUAAGCUUCAGUGAGACACCCUACCCUAGUCUUCUUCCUCUCUUAGUCCCUCCCGCAUAUGAGCUUCCCCAUCUUUCUAUCCAUAGAUUCUAGCACUCACCAGUAGCUGAGCUGUCUAUGCUUGCCACUAGAGGGCGUAGACUGUUUACGUCCAAAAAGUCUGCUUUGUUUGAGUUGAGGUUUGGGUACAUGCAUAUAGAUAUUCUGCACAAGCAGAUUGACUAAAUUCUCACACAGUCACCAACAUUUACCCUUUUAGAUCAAUUAUUUAAUUUUAAAAGAAUAACACCCUUUAUUCCUAUCCUCUCUAAUAGGUACUUUCAAACACUUCAAUUUCAUGUGGUUUGAGAAAGUAGUUGUCCCAUUUUUAUUUUACUUUAAUAUGCAUAAACCCUUUUUGUGUGCCAGACACUAUCUGCAUAUAAAUUUGGGUAAAACAAGAGUAAGCACUAGAUUAUACCGUGUGUUUUUACAGUAAAUCACAUGGAAUGUAUUGAUCGGAAUGCUGAUUUUUAACUCCUAAUUAAGCUUUUUUGCUUAUAGCUUCACAGGCGAGUUUUGCCUCAAGGUAUUAGCUUUGACCCGUUGGCUGUUCCGAAAUGAUUUCAUUUUCUAUUUUUUUUCCUACAUUGGAGAUUUUUUCAAUUCUUUAGAUAUUCACCUUUAUUGAGGGCUUAAACCACUUGUAAAAUUGCAAACCAUUAUGCAAGCUGACAAGCUCUUAUAUUAACAAUUUAUGGUGUUACGUAAUAGUCUUCUGCUUCUGAAAAGAGAAGAGGAAACAAGACUUUUUUUUCCAAACGGAGUAUUUUCAGUGGGUAGAGCAAUUUUAAGAACUUCAUUUCUUAUCAAAAUUUAAGUUGUUUAAUUCAUUGGAAUUAGUAUGAGAAAGUUAUUUCAAUUAUUUUACAGAGUAUAUAAUUCUAAUGUUCAUAUAAUCAUAUUCAUGUUUAUAUCUAAUUUGACAAUAUCAAAAUCCCUACAAAUAUUUUUUUUUGCAAAGUUUCAUAACCUAUUAUAGCAUUUUCUAUGUUAAGGUCAACAUCCUUGAAAUGGAAUGUGAUUUGUAAAAUCUUCCUUAGGAGUAUCAAAGUGAUGCCAUCGGAUCACAAGACGUUUGACAACCCCUAAAAAUAGUUGUAAAUUUGAGAUGUUUUUUCUAUUUCACUGAAAAAAUUUCUUAUUCUUGUAAUAUUUAUUUUUUCUUUGACAUUUUGUUGCAACAAAUGCUAUUUUAUAUCUGAAAAUAAAUUUAGUUAAACACAUACUCCCCCGUCCCACAAAACUUGGUCAAAGUUGAAUUGCACGUAGAUUAAUAAAAUAAAAAUUUUGUGGUUGAAAUUUGUGCAGAGAAGAGAGAAAUCAUUUUAGCCACAUAUAGUUUACUUUAAAUAGAAAUGACGAAGUAUUUUGGAACGGCCAAAAAAGGAAAUUUGGCCAAAUUUUGGGGACGGAGGGAGUAAUACUUUACGAUAUUUUAGAAGUUUUUGCAAUAUACCCUGUUUAAUUAAAAUUUGGCCCCGGCUGAACGUUAAUGCUAGAUCCGCCUCUGCUCAUGGGCGUGUCAUACUGCCAACUGCCAAGCAAUGUUGUCUCCUCUUAAGCAUAAAGCACUCAUACCUCUAUAUAUUUGAAGGCAUACUUUCGGAAAAACGUUUGCAGGUUACUAUCACAGCGCAAUUAUUUUGGUGGCCCUCAGAACUAAAUACCAUAAACAACGGCACAGGUUUAGAUGAAGUUUUGCAAAAGCUCUUUUCGGUAUCAUCAAACAACAACAUACAGAGUUUUGGAAUGGCAGUUUCUAAACUACUUAAACAGGAGGUAGAUAGUGGCAACUUUUCACUAUUUAAGGCCUCAUGAGGCCUUAAAUAAUGUAAAGAAAUGUGUAACUUUUUGAAAUGUGCUAAAGAUUUACUGAUUAGCAGAUAUAUUUGUUUGUUUAGUAGGCUAAUAUUUAGGGUUAUCUGUUAUUUUUUUUAAUUUAUGCAGCUCGAAUUUUAUCAUUAUUUACGGAGUAUUUUAUGAUUUAUAAUGAGUAGCAGAUACAGUAUUAUCAUAACAAGAUACAUUCACACUCUUCA